UUAAUUCAUCUUGAGAAUCUGUUUAUCUGGAAAAAUCUUUCUUUCUUUUCCUGGUUCUGAUUUCUUAUUCACAAAUAAGAAAAUGUAUAAACAGUUCCUUGGAUUAACGUUCAUUUAGUUUUAACAUUUUUUUCUGCAGUGGCCUUCCUCUAUCUAUCUUUAAUAGUUCUUUAAUGUAAAGUUUUGAGAAUUUUAUAACGAUUAAAAAAAAAUUUGCAAAGGGAUAGAAUAGACCUUGUACAACAAAUUCACAGUGGAUAAGAGAAAUGGUGUCAGGAUGCCUUCGGUAGUACCAGCUCCAGAAUGGGGUUUCAGAGAUGUAUGGCAAAGCAAUUUAGAAGAAGAAUUUCGACAUAUUCGCCAGGUUGUUCAACAAUAUCGAUAUGUCGCUAUGGAUACAGAAUUUCCUGGGGUAGUUGCCCGUCCAAUCGGAGACUUUCGAAGUACAGCUGACUACCAGUACCAACUUUUACGCUGCAAUGUUGACCUGCUCAAAAUCAUCCAAGUCGGGAUUACAUUUUUAGAUGAUUUUGGACAGACAGCUACUCCUAUUUCCACAUGGCAAUUCAAUUUCAAAUUUAAUCUUACAGAAGAUAUGUAUGCUCAAGAGUCUAUAGAUCUUCUAACAAAAUCUGGUAUACAGUUUAAAAAGCAUGAGGAAGAAGGAAUCCAUGUAGAUAAUUUUGCUGAAUUGCUCAUGACCUCUGGAGUUGUUCUGGCAGAUCAAGUGAAGUGGCUAUCGUUUCAUAGUGGCUUUGAUUUUGGUUACAUGUUAAAAAUUCUGACUAAUAGCAACCUACCAGCUGAGGAAGUGGAUUUUUUUGAGCUGCUGUCUAUUUACUUUCCAAAUAUUUACGAUGUUAAAUAUUUAAUGAAGAGCUGCAAAAAUCUAAAGGGUGGCUUACAAGAAGUUGCUGAACAACUAGAAAUUUGUAGAAUUGGACCACAGCACCAAGCUGGUAGUGACAGUCUAUUGACAGGAGCUGCAUUUUUCAAGAUGAGGGAGAUGUUCUUUGAAGACAAUAUUGAUGAUGCGAAAUACUUGGGUCAUUUGUUUGGUUUGGGAACUCCAUUUAUUCAAAAUGGCUCUAGUUAUGAGAACAGUCAUGUGUAUGUGGCCCAGAAUUCAACUAUUCACAGUUCCAACAAUGGGGAAGAUUCUGGUACAAAUCCUACAAAUUCAUCAUAACUACCAAUGAAAAAAAUUGACAUAAACAUUAAGUGGAAACGAUCAUUUUUCUUUUUUUUUUUCUUUUUUUUUGUGCAGAAUUUUGUAUUCAUCUCAAUAUUCCUCUUCAUUAGGUUUUCCCACUUGAUCCAUACAUCUAAACAUAUGUAAAUUUAUCAACUGAAUUGUUGUAAGACUUUAAUUGAAAAAUGCUGUUUUCUCCUGUUCUAAACAGACAUAAAAUAUCUUACCAAAAACAUAGUCACCAUUGCUGUUAGCAGCCGUUGUAAUUUUGUAGGAGACUGCAUUUGUGAAUUCUUCUGAGAAGUGCAAGUACAUUACAUCAGAUAUGGUUUCCAUUUUUUUUUUUUUUUUUUUUGUCUUUCCCCCACUCAACUCUUUAAGAGUUAGCUAGGUAAAAAAGCCUAAGCAAAAGAAUGCAGAAAAACUUUUUUUUUUUUUUUUUUUUUUUUAUGCUUCAAUGUUUUCUCUUUGUUUUCAAAUUAUUCAGUUACUGAAAAUUAAUCCUUACCAGCCCGUCUUCAAAGAAUUUACUGAUUUAACAUGGAAGUUUAUUCCUUUAGAUUUUAUGAAAAGCGAAAAUAUAUCCAAUAUCUUAAGGCAUAUGUAUUGAGGUUAGAUGUCAAGAUUAAUUUCUUAUAUACUGAAAUUUAUAAGAUUAUGAAUUGAUUUCCCUCCUACAGUAAUAGUACCUAUGAUCACUCAUAUGUAUCCCUGUAUGUUUCUCUUGCAUUGUUCAUUUCCUUUUUGUCAUGUUUUUAAAAGUACAUAUGUCCCAAAGCAGUAUCCCAAAGAUUUUUUUUUCCCUUUGGAAUAUACAAAAAUUAAGUUUACACAAGACCUUUAUAAAGCUUGUUAGGUAAGGCUGUCUGCAAAGUUUAUACUUGUUUUUUUGUUUUGUUUUGUUUUUUUGUUACCAUACCUUUUACAAAGGCUGCUAAUAGCACAUUGCAACACUCGUAUAUCAAGUGUUGAUCAUGUGAUUAAAUAAAUUAGCCACUUUAAAAGUAGGGCACUUAUGAAGGAGAGAAUAAUUUUAGAACAUUAUAAUGCAGAUCUUAUCUAGAAUGUUUACACACAAGCACAUAUACAAAAAACAAAGUAAGCAGUAACUGAUUAAAUAGCUGAACAAAUUAUUAUACAAAAGCAUAUGUGCACAGGUGACUGGUUAGUUGUAGAAAAUAUGUCUAGUUUGAAAGACUUCUCCCCCACCCCUCAAAAAAAAAACAUAUUUGAACUUACAGAAACACUGCUAUAAAAAUUAAAAUACAAUGGUCUUAUAAUAGAUAGCUAAAUACAUUAGCAAAAUGUUUUCAUUAUCUUAAUUUCUGUGUUUCUUUAUUCAAAUAGUUCUAGUAUCAUGUUACCGUUAUAUAAUUCUUUUCACCUAUUUACUAUAAUUGAACAUGGCACAUUUCAUUAAAAAAAAACCAACUUUAACUGCAUAAAGACAUUUUUCUUCUUCCAUAACUAUAAAAAUAAAUCAGUAUUUUACUUUGAUAUGAAGGCAUUUGGAUAAAAUAUUUGUAAAUAAAAUUUAACUGGCCUUA